AUGCCUAGAAGAUUCAAUAAGAAAACCGCCACCACAUUCAAUGUUGUACAUAGAGCUCAUGAUGAUGCAAGGUUCUAUGACGAUGAAGCAUCAGAACACGUUUUGGUUCCACAAUCUACAAAGAAAAAAGUUGUCACCACCACUGAGUUAGAAAAGAAACUCGCUAAUACCAAUAUAAGAGACAACGAAGGAUUGGCCGCACAAUAUGGUAUCACUUACGACGACUCAAAGUAUGAUUAUAUGCAACAUUUAAAGCCAAUGGGGAACCCAGAUGGUGUUUUUGUGGGUGCCAAGCAAUCCCAGCCAAAACAGCUGAUAGAAGAUUUAUUUAAAGACCAGUUACCCUCUAAAGAAACAAGAAAAGUUGCCAGAGAUUUAAACCAAAACAUACCCGACGAAUUACAAGGGUUUAAUCCAAAUUUAGAUCCAAGAUUGCGUGAAGUAUUAGAGGCUUUGGAUGAUGAAGCGUAUAUAGAAGAGGAGGACGAAGGUGGUGACGAAGAUAUUUUCAACUCAUUGUUGCAGUCCGGUGAAGUGGAAGAUGAGGAAGAGUUUUACGAAGAAGCAGACGACUAUGACGACGAGUGGGAUCUAGAUAAUUAUGAAGAGGAGUACGAUGCCAAGUAUAACCUGGAUACGCCCGAAGGUGUGAAUCUGAAUUGGCAAAGGGAUUUUAUGCAAUUCAAAAAGGACAACAAAAACAAACACAACGACUGGGAUUCUGAUGACGAAUUUGAAGACGAAGUCCCUGAAUUGCCAGAGAUAACGGCCAACAAAAAAGUUUCCAACACCAAAAUGAGGAAAAAGAAAGGUGCCAUGACUGACACGUCAUCAUUUUCAAUGUCAUCAUCUGCGUUGUUCAGAACUGAAGGGCUCACAUUAUUAGAUGAUAGAUAUGAACAGAUGAGCAAAAAGUUUGAACACGAAAAUGGUGAGCAACCCCACAAACCAUUCGACAUGAAGGAGGAAAGACACGAUCUAGAAGAUAUGUUGGACGAUUUCUUGGAUAAUUAUGAAUUAGAAAGCGGGGGAAGAAAACUAGCCAAAAAGGACAGCGAAAAGAAAAAAUUACAGCAAGCUGCCAGCUCAGUGUCUAAAGGAAAAGCUGCAAGAAAGGUCAACGAAGCAUUUAGUAAUAUGAAGAUAGAAUAA